UAAUAAUUCACUCCUCAGGGUUAGACAGCUGUAGAAAGCUGAGAAACCGAUAGGAUCGCAGCCAGGACCCAGCUCUCCGCCUUCCUCAGAAAGUAGAUGCUGAACCUCAAGAGAAGAAAGUCAAAAUGUCUACUGGAGCAGACCUGAAGGCAAGAGAGGGAGACAUUCCCAAUGACAACAUGACCCAAGAACAAUCCUUCAAGAAAGGCUUCUGCUCAUUGCGGCAUGGUCUGGCCUUCAUCUUGCAUCUCUGUAAUUUUUCUAUUUAUACCCAACAAAUGAACUUGAGCUUUGCCAUAACCGCCAUGGUGAACACCACAGUAGCAUCCAGCCAGCUCAAUGCUUCCACAGAAAGACCUCCCACCGACUCCCAAGAUGUCUGGAAUGAAACACUGCAGGAAUCUAAGGCCCCUGUUUAUGACUGGACACCUGAGAUCCAGGGAAUCCUCCUCAGCUCCCUCAACUAUGGAUCGUUCUUAGCUCCAAUCCCCACUGGCUAUGUGGCUGGAGUAUUUGGAGCCAAGUACGUGGUUGGCCUGGGCUUGUUAAUUUCUUCAGUCCUGACUCUCUUCAUUCCACUGGCAGCUGAUGCUGGAGUAGCCUUGCUCAUUGUCCUCCGGGUCAUCCAAGGCAUGGCUCAGGUUAUGGUAUUAACAGGUCAGUACUCACUCUGGGCCAAAUGGGCUCCCCCACAGGAAAGGAGUCAACUCAUCACCAUCGCUGCAUCAGGGUCAAUGCUUGGGACCUUCCUUGUCCUUAUUGCUGGUGGUCUUAUUUGUCAGGCCCUCGGAUGGCCUUAUAUAUUCUACAUCUUUGGUGGAAUUGGUUGUGCCUGUUGCCUACUCUGGUUUCCUCUCGUAUAUGACGAUCCACAGAAUCAUCCCUUUAUCAGCACUGGUGAGAAGAGAUACAUCACAUGCUCACUGGCUCAAGAGGAUUGCUCGCUGGGCUGGUCUCUUCCCAUUAAAGCCAUGGUGAAAUCUCUCCCGCUUUGGGCCAUUGUAGUUUCUUACUUCUGUGAAUACUGGCUGUUAUCCACGGUAAUGGCAUAUACACCCACAUAUAUCAGCUCCGUACUUCAAGCGAACCUCCGAGAUAGUGGAAUCCUGUCAGCCCUGCCGUUCAUGUUUGGCUGUGUCUGCAUUAUCCUUGGGGGUCUACUGGCAGACUUCCUCCUCUCCAGGAAAAUCCUCCGACUCGUCACGAUCAGGAAGCUCUUCACUGCUGUAGGGGUCCUCGUCUCAUCUGGAAUCCUCCUGCCCCUGCCUUGGGUCAGAUCCAGCCGCACCACCACAAUGGCCUUCUUGGUACUAUCUUCUGUCUUUGCCAGCCUCUGUGAUUCAGGAGCCCUCAUUAACUUCUUGGAUAUAGCUCCACGGUAUGCUGGCUUUCUCAAAGGACUAUUGCAAGUCUUUUCUUACCUAGCUGGAGGCAUAGCUCCCACUGUUGCUGGAUUUUUCAUCAGUCAGGAUUCAGAGUUUGGCUGGAGAAACGUCUUCUUCCUUGCAGCUGCUAUUGAUGUAGUAGGCCUGCUCUUCUACCUCAUCUUCGGCCGGGCAGAGGUACAGGACUGGGCUAAGGAACCGACAUUCACCCAUCUCUGAGCAAUGUUAGUGAUGAGUAAAAAGGCUUGCUUUUGUGUCUACUGGACAGCGAAAGCUGUCCAACUGGAAGAGGCUUCAUUUCAGGAUCAUUUAAGAGACCAUGGCUAUGUGAUACUAAAGGUAUUAUUUUUUUUUCCAUGCCUGGAGGUUUCACAAAGGAAAGAAAAGACUGGUCAUUUAAAACUGUGUGUUCCUGAAAUCCUCUAUACUUUCCUCUGUUGCCAUGGUAAAAGCAUCAGGGACUGGAGGACAGUUUGCCAGAAGUACAGCAGUGAUGAGUUGGAACCACAGGAAAUUGGUACCACAAACUCUGUAAGCUGUCAGCAAAGAGAACCGACAGCCUGGAAAAGAGGAUGCUGGUGAGCCAGAAGGUCUGCAACAGGAGGCCACUCAUGCCAAGUGAGGGGGGUUCAAGAGUCACUGCAGCUCUUCGUGUAUGUAGGGUAUCUAACUGAAAACAGCCAGAAUGAAGAGCAAUAAAGAAUUAAUCCAUCAUGCAAAAAGCAAUGAAUUUUCGCCAAUGAAUACAAGAGGAAUAGUAGAAUCCAGCACUCCCAGACAGACUAGGAUCCUGCAGACCCCACCCAUUCCAGACUCCACUUCAUCCCUCCAGCCUGGGUUGUAGGGGCAAGAAGACACCAUAAGGGAGAAAGCAGCACAUCAGAACCACAGCUGGCCCCCAACAGGCAUACCACAAAUUUUGCCCCAAAUUUACACGUCUUGAUUUCAGAGCCUACGGACUCUUCUUCUUAUGGUAUCAGGAACUUAGGUGUGACACCAUCACUCUCUGGCAAUCCUGGAACCGACCCAAGGCUCAUGAAGGUACAGAGUCAGCUAUCCACGAUCUUCAUCAGUCCAUCCUUUUGCUUCCCAUGGCUCUUGCAUUUCCUUUUGUUUGUUCUUUUGUUUCUUCUUUUGUUUUUUUCUUUUUUGAAAUUUGCUUAUUUUUAUUUUAUGCGUACAAGGGUUUUUGCCUGCAUGCGUAUCUAGGCACCAUAUGUUUGCAGUGCCCAUAAGGGCCAGAAGAUGGAUAAUGGUUGUUAGUUGGUAUGUUCAUGCUGGGAAUCAAACCCAGGUCCUCUGGAAGAGCAGUUAGUCUUCUUAGCUGAUGAGCCGCCUUGCCAAUCCCUAAUUUUUUGUUUGUUAACCAAUCAUCUUUAGGUCCUGCAUAUAAUAAGCUUGAUUUCUCCCAGAGCCCAUCAAUGAGGAAACUGAAUUUUUUUUUUUUUUGUAUUUUCUUUUCAAAUGGGCCAUCCUGAAAGAAUACAAAUAGUUUGAGAUUCUUCAAAUAGUUCUCAUAUUUACAACAAAGAGGAGUAAAUGUUGAAAAUUAUUUUUAAAAAAAAAUCGUAAAAACAAACCAAACAAACCACAGACCAAAAGACUCUUUGUGAAGUUGUAGAGUAAAAUUUUGUCUUAUGUUUGUUUAUUGGAUCAUAGAGGAAGACAGAUAAAUAAAUCCUCCUUUAAAGUCAGAAGUAUAACUUGUUACGUACAAUACACAGUGCAAAAGAAUCACUCAGGGAAGUGGGUGCGACUGACCGUUCAGGAGUCUCAGACUACCUGCCUCCAGGUAUUCAUGACUCUCCCAGGCCUGCAGUCCCAUGCAGGGUCCUCUUCCUUUCUGUAAGGAUGCUGAACUCAGGCUUCUCAGCUGCUCCUUUUUCUACCAACUUUUGUAGAAAAGGAAACAAAACACAGAUGCCACUGAAGAGUCCAACACUUCAGAGACAUUAGGCUAGAAGAUUUUUCUCAAGUUGUCUUUCUUCUCCAGUGAAAGGUUAUCAGUGCCAUUUUCACAUGUCCUCCCUGUGGACAUAAAAAUAAAUAUGACUGACAGGUGUUCACUUGUCACCUUCCUCUGCCCUGCCCUGCCCUGAGAAAAGUGUAUGUGGUAAUAUCUGAGCAUCUGCAGCAUUUUGUAGGUCCGUUCUCAGGGCACAAGGAUAUUCCAUACUAUGUGUUGAGGUUGCAUCUUGAGAACAAAACAAGCAAAUUAAAAACCUGCUGUGUCCGUCAGAGUUGGCACGCCUGCAGUUUGAUAUUGCUGCUUUCAAUAGCAGCACAUUGCAUUUAUAGUAAUAAUAGGCACUCUUGUGUGUGUGUGUGUGUGUUCCCAAAUUUCAGUUCUCAAUAAACUAAUUUGUCAUUACGAAAAUGAAA